GAUCUGUACGCCCACAGUUUGUGAAUCCGCAGUCUGCAACAUUAGUGACAACCGAGAAGCGAUACCCGUAAAACAACAGCUGAUCAACCGAAUGUUAUGGCGCUUUACACGCAGAAGGUCAAAACACGGGACUAGUUUAAAUUUAGAAUUCCGUAUUCUUUUAAAGACUUGCUCCUACUCGACGGUAUAGGUUUACUUUUCGGCUUUCUGUAUUACGUCCUGCUGAAUCUUUCAUUCAGAAAUGGGAAUCCUGUUGUCACGCUUCCGGCACAAGCCUUCCACAAAAGAAAUAUUAGAAGACAUAGACAAGGAGCUUAAAUCAAUUGAUGAAUUUCAACAAGACACAAUUGAAAGGCAAAAACGUGUUGUGAGACAACUUCUAGUCAUCUUUAUCCUUGUUUAUGUUGUAGCAAUAGCAUCCUUCUUUUUUAUUACAUCUGUUCAAAAGUACAAGCUUUAUUAUUUUACUGGGCUUGUGACAUUUGCCCUUAUAACCUGGAGCUCUCAUAGAGGUGUAAAAUGGUACUUCAAUCGUCGAAUGGUGAGAAAAUCAGAAAAGUCUGUAGAGUUGAGAAAAAAGAAGAAAAAAAUUCUUGAGCAUGUGAUGGACACAGAGACUUACAAAAUUGCGAAAGAGAUUCUUGACAAAUUUGGUGACAAACCACAGAAUACUCCUUUCGAAGUCAAACCUGCUCAAACUCCUGCUAUGAAUGCUCGUCCUAGUGCACCUGGCACUGAAUUACGACACAGGCAUGUAGAACAACAGCAAGCUUUACCAUUGAAAGCAAGUGGCACACUCCAACAAAAUAAGUCUGCUAUUGUGGGAAGUGCAAACAAAAUGAAUCAACAGUUAAAUAAACCACAGAUGCAGCAAUCAAUGUUGUCAACCCAAAGACCUGUAGCUAUGAACUACGGACAUGCUCCAUUGCGACCGUUGCCUCGACCAAUUUUACCUAGAGAACGAGGAGUCCUUGACAGGAUGAUGGAUCUUUUUGUGGGAGAUGGUCCGCAUCAGCGUUAUGCCUUGAUAUGCCGUCAUUGUAGUGGCCACAAUGGCAUGGCUUUACAGGAAGAGUUCGAGUUUGUCAGCUAUUAUUGUUGCUACUGUUAUCAAUUUAACCCUCCAAGAAAAACGCGACCUGUGGGCCCUCGCUUACCCGUCCCUCCCUCACCCGUCCCAUUUAUUACCACAUCGGAAGCCUCACUUGAGGCAAAACUUUACGAAAGAAAAGAAAAUCAAGAAAAACCAUGCAAGGUAGAGCAAGAAAGAAGCGAAAAAGACGAAGAUGUCUCAGAAAAUUCUGAUGGUAACACUAGUGAGGAUACGUUAUCAGAUGAGGAAUCAGAAGCCGCUGAAUCAGACGCCGCUUCCGUAAACAAAAUACAGCUUAGCGAUGGAGCUAGUGAAGCCAUGGAUGUCGACAUCCCUGAAGGAGAUAAAGCAAUCUUAGAUGACGCAGGGCAAGAUGCUAGUAGUUUGCGUUAGAAUCUUACAAUUAUGUAUAAAACAAGUUUCUCCAACAUUAGCAUGAACUAUCCUUACUCAAUUUUUUUUUUCUAUUCGCGGUGCCUUAUAAAUGUGUUUUGAUUUCAACAAUGUAAAAUACACUUCGAUUUCAGUUC